UGAGCGCUGACUCGUUAAGCGACAUUAUUUAAGAGGCAACACCCGUUUUACUGUAGCUGUCCGACUAGCGGUAAACGUGAGUCACCAGCCUGUCUACCAGCAGUGUCAGUCGGUUCUCCUUAUGACGGACAGACCCGCUAAAACGACGCUGACCGUUUUUACGGCUGUUUGUCUUUGUCCAUGUUUGUCAGUUCUUGUGUGUGAGUGCGUCCUCCAGGCUGAAAUGGCAGCAGGUGGAAAUCCAGGUCCGAGGGCCACCGACUGCGUGACCAAGGUGGCGCUCAGCAUCUCCUGUGACAAACUGCUCGACAUGGACACGUUCUCAAAGUCCGACCCUCUGUGUGUGCUUCUCAUGAACAGCUCUGGGCCCCACUGGUCUGAGAUUGGCCGGACAGAGAAAAUAAAGAACUGCCUUAAUCCCAAAUUCUCCAAGACGUUUGUCAUCGACUACUACUUUGAGAUGGUGCAGAGGCUGAGGUUUGAAGUUUACGACAUUGACAGUGACAACUGCAGUCUGCAAGAUGCUGACUUCCUGGGAGAACUGGAGUGUACCUUGGGACAGAUUGUGUCCUCGAGGACAAUUACAAGACCACUUGUCAUGAAGGACAAGACGCCUGCAGGAAAAGGAACCAUUACCAUAUGUGCUGAAGAAAGAACAGACAACAGGGUGGUGGACUUUGAAGUUGCAGCUAGAAAACUGGAUAAAAUGGAUUUCUUUGGGAAGUCCGACCCUUUCCUGGAAUUCUACAGACAGACAGGAACUGGAUGGCAACUGGCUCACAGGACAGAGGUGGUGAAAAACAACCUCAACCCAACAUGGAGACGAUUCCGUAUUGCGCUGCAGUCACUCUGUGGAGGGGACAUGGAGAAAUCUAUAAAGGUAGAUUGUUACGACUACAACAGCAGCGGAUCUCAUGACCUCAUUGGAUCCUUUCAGACCACACUCUGCGAAAUAGAGCAGGCAUCAAAGUCAUAUGCGGCUGAGUUUGAAUGCAUCAAUAGUAAGAAGAAACAGAAGAAGAAAAGAUACAAAAACUCUGGUAUUAUCAUCAUAAAACAGUGCAAGAUAAAGAAGGAGUACACGUUUCUGGAUUACAUAAUGGGUGGCUGCGAGAUCAACUUCACUAUUGCUAUUGACUUCACGGGUUCCAAUGGGGAUCCCAAGUCCCCUUUGUCCCUUCACUACAUCAACCCGCAGGGCUAUAAUGAAUACCUGGCAGCUAUCUGGGCAGUGGGUAAUGUCAUACAGGACUAUGACAGUGACAAGAUGUUCCCUGCUUUUGGUUUUGGAGCCCAGAUCCCUCCUACAUGGCAGGUCAGCCAUGAGUUUCCCAUCAACUUCAAUCCAUCAAACCCGUUUUGUGCAGGUGUGGAAGGUGUGGUGGACGCCUACCGGCAGUGUCUGCCCCAGGUGAAGCUGUAUGGCCCCACAAACUUUUCUCCCAUCAUCAACCACGUGGCCCACUUUGGCAGGCAGGCCAUGCAGCAGGAAAGUGCCUCUCAAUACUUUGUUCUGCUCAUCAUCACUGACGGAGUGAUCACGGACAUGGACGACACCCGCAACGCCAUCGUCAACGCCUCACGUCUGCCCAUGUCUAUCAUCAUAGUUGGGGUAGGGGGGGCGGACUUCAGUGCAAUGGAGUUCCUGGAUGGAGACGAUGGGAUUUUGCGCUCGGCUACAGGCGAGGCAGCCAUGAGGGACAUUGUGCAGUUUGUGCCAUUCAGGCAGUUCCAAAAUGGUCCUCAAGAAAUGCUUGCUCAGAGUGUCUUGGCAGAAGUCCCGGGUCAGGUGGUGAGCUUCUUCGGUACCAUGAGUUUGAGGCCACCCCGCAGCGACGCACCUCCCCCCGACCCCUCAGCAUCAGCACCCACCGCCGAUGUAUCCUGAGGAUCAGCUUUUCCCUUCCACAUGUCCAGUCAGACAUCAUCCGGAUUUUACUGUAGGCGACUCUGAAACUGUGUAUUUGGAGGUCCUUUUCUUCUAAGUGUAUCACUCAUAACCCAAAACCCUUCCACGGUCAUACGAGCAUGUGAGAUCCGGUCUGGUUGUCGCCUUUUGUGCAAAUUAUGUCCCAAUAGUACGAAGCCAUAGUACACGGACAUUUCCUAAUAUUUGUUAACAUGCAUGUAGGGUAGAUUUUUAAUGUAACACUUACAUAUGCCUUUAUGUGACUCAAGUGCCAGAAUUGUUAAGAAUGAAUCAUUUCUUAUUUGAUCACUUGGUGCGAGGAAUCAGUCGAAGCACGUGCGACUUGACUCAAGGUCUUUGGUUUCUGUAGAAAACCUGAGCCGGCCUGUGACCGCCAUCCGAUUGGUCUGUCAGAUUGUCAGUCAGAAACUCUACAUGAAAGGGCCGGAGCACUUAACGUGUUCCUGCUAACCUUUCCUCCACUGCCUCCACGUUACAGUGAGCGCUUGUUUGGUGAUUUUCCCCGGGGAAAUGUAGCUACGCUUUCCACUGAAAUCAUGGACCUUGGGCAGAGUAAUGACUUUACCAAACACAAAUCGGGUAAAGUUCAGUGAUGUUUACAAAUAAGUGUUGAUAGAUUAGUAGGUUUGAUCAAAAUAAUACCUUUUUUUUUUUUAGAUUUUGCACUACAAAAACGAUGGCAUCGUGUCCUUGGAGCUGUUUCUCCCGAUCUGUUUCUGCGUAAUAUUUGGUGCUUCCAUCUUGAAUCUCUCGGAGCGAUUCAUUACAUCAAUGAAGAGCUUCAUUUGCUAAGAUGCAACGUUUACAUUGAUUAACAGCAGAAGUUCACUCUGUCUUUACGGGAGGUGGUAAAAUAUUUCUAACUCUGCUGGCUUAUGAAAACGACCCGAUACAUGUCAUUAAAUGUAUCGUAAUACACUCCUAUGUUAAGUUGUUUGCACUGAUCACAGUGUCAUUGCCUUAUGUAAUAUGCUUGUCUUUGUCCUGGACUUUGAUUUUAUCAGUAUUUUAUGGAAAUGGAAUGGAAAAAAAAUCGAAAUUAACCUGCAUAACAGCCAUUUUGUACUUUAAGAUUUUUUAAUGGAACAUUAUGAGACAAAUAUACUUGUUGUUUUAUGUUUGUGUCACCUCCUAAAUGUCACAAUAUUAAAGACGUACGUUAUGUAUUUUC